GGUGGAGAUAGCACAGCAAGGCAAAGCAAGGCAGCAGUGACAGCCAUGGCUCUUCCUCUGUGCUUCCCAAGGCUCCUGGUGGUAGUGGUGGUGAUGGUGGUGGGUGCUCUGGCUCUCCCUUCCCAUCCCACUAACACUUCCAUUCAUUUCGUCCAUCCCGAGCCACGUGUUAACUUUGACACAUCCUGCCGAUGUGGUCAGAAGGCGCCCUCGAGGAUUGUGGGAGGCCAGCAGACUGAAGUGAACGAGUGGCCUUGGAUGGCAGCUCUCCUCUACUACAACCAGCAGUUCUGUGGUGGCUCUCUCAUCAACGAUCGCUACGUCCUCACUGCCGCUCAUUGCACUGUGGACUUCAGGGCCAGCGAGAUCACGGUGAGACUGGCGGAACACAACUUGGCCAUUAGCAGCGAGACCAGUGUUGUAGUUCGCUCUGUCUCACAGAUCAUCAACCACCCUAACUACCAGUCUGGCUCUGAGAAGAACGACAUUGCCCUCCUCAAGCUGUCCUCCCCUGUCACGGUGUCGUCUACAGUCCUCCCGGUGUGCAUGCCUCCCCCUAGGCCCAAGUAUGCCGGCAGGACAGCUACAGUGACAGGCUGGGGCACCACUUCCUCAGGCGGUUCCUCACCCAACUCUCUGAGGGAGGUGGAUGUUAAGGUGCUGCGGAACAGUGACUGCCAGUCCAGCUAUGGGACCAGCUCCAUCAUCAGCUCCAUGCUGUGUGCCUCCGCCCCGGGCAAGGACUCCUGCCAGGGUGACUCCGGAGGUCCUCUUGUCUUCAAGGACGCUGGUAACAACUAUGACCAGAUUGGUGUGGUGAGCUGGGGCUACGGCUGUGCUGCUCCCAACUACCCUGGAGUGUACACACGCGUCAACAGCUACCUCACAUGGAUCAGGGACAACACAGAGGAUGGGGUGUACUGUGCCGGCAUGAACCUCUAAUGCUAUUGUUGCUGCUACUGCUGUCGUGUGAUGCAGGUAGAAGACAUCACACCUGUUCAACAUUAUAGUGACAGGGGGGGGAGGGGUGCACCUG